UGUGUUCUGUGUAUAGAUGUAUGUGUGUGUGUGUGUGUGUGUGUGUGUGUGUGUGUGUGUUCGGAGAAGGAGGUGUUUCUGUUCCCUUGAGUUCCAUGCAUACAGGAACCUUUCAAAUGUUUGCAUCCUUUUGUGUGUGUGUGUGUGUUUUCUUGUGCACACUAGUGUCUGUUGGCGUGCAUUUGUUGGUGUGUGUCUCUAUGUAAAUCCUUGUGUAUCCUCCUCUGUCUGUAGUUUCUCAAGGCGUGAUCCAAAAUGGGGCCUGCGUCAGGAGCCAUUGUCUGUUUCCUGUCAUCCGACCCCUACCCAUUAGCCCCGUGGGCAGAAGGACCACUGCGAUAAGGUCAGCUCUGGGAGACUACCUGACCCCCUGUGACCCCUCCCACCCUCCCAACGAUGACCUCCAGGAGGACCACAACUACAGCAAUGCCAAAUCCCCCAGCAUGCCCUGUUCUUCCCAGGGGCCCUCCGUGUCCGACGAAGACGAUGAAAUCAUUGCAGUGGAGGUGGGAGUCCACCGAGGGGUCAAAUCCGAACCUAAAGAAGUCCCACUGGACUCUGCCUCCGUCUCCUUCCUAUCCCAGCAUGCCCGGCGACGGGGACUGCCCUGGACCAAAAACCGCCUGCGGGCCCUGGGUGACACACUGCCGCUGAAGAAGCGCCGUUCGGCAGCAUCGGCAGAGAAGCCGCCGUUGGAGAGCGAUGAUGAGGAGAUGAAGGAGGCGGCUGGGUCGUUGCUCCACCUGGCGGGCGUCAGGGCGUGCCUCAACAACAUCACAAACCGAGCCAAGGCUGCUCAGAAAGAGAAGGAGCAGAAAGAGGCCCUCAGAAACUAACUAAUGCCAGGCCAUAGAGAGGCCUACACAUCAGGCCUGUACACCUGGCCUACACACCUGGCCAGCACACCUGGACUACACACAUAUCGCCAUGGCCUAGAAAGUAAUAGCUGAGACACGCCACAAAGACCAAUGGCUAAAAGCAGCGGGUUGGUGUGGUGUUUUGCAAGGUGUGUUAGCAAUCACCUGCUGGGUGUUGACAAAUGGUGGAGAUUCAACAUGUAGAAACAUUGUGAAAUGAACAGAAAAGGACAGCAGAUAUUCUGGUCAGAGUAGAUAGUAAGGACACCAGCUGCUUCUAACCAUUGGUGGUGUGUUGUGUCUCUGAUGCCUGAUUCCCACUAUUAACCCAAACUAAAGCCUAUACUGUGCUGGCUCUGAACAUUUAUUUUCAGAGCGUCCUUUCCAGCAUGGUUUCAGCAGCAACUAUGGUGGAUGAGGGUAACCAGGCCAGGAAGCCCCAGCACAUCUCGGCUUGGCUCAGCUCAACUUUGGCUUCCAUAGUGUGAAAAGGGAAUAUGGCACAGAGUCCUUCAGUAGGACGACACACCAGGUCUACACACUGACCUAUCAACCACCAACAGGCCAAGACAUAGAACUCUAUUCAAGCAUUAGUCUCAAUAGACAUUAAUUCAUCUAUCUAUCUCUCUCACUCUAUCUCUCUCUAGCUCUCUCUCUCUCCUCCAGGGGCAUUAGGAGCAUCCUACUUAUUUGUGGCAAUAUCAGAAAUCCAUGUUUUCCUAUACGUUUCCUAUACGUUUCCUAUAUGUUUCCUAUACGUUUCCUAUAUUUUUCCUAUAUGUUUCCUAUA